AUGACCGACGCUGGCGUCACGAUCCGAGAGGCGAAGCCCCUGGAUUGCACGAUCCUGACUAUUCGCUUUAACAGCGCUUGUGGAAAUCUUUGGGACAAAAUGUAUGAAGACAUGGAUACUGGGGAGGCAGAAGAUCAAUAUAGUGCCGUGAUCUACUGGGUGGAAGAAAAGAAAGUGGGAAUUGCUCCGAUUGUGCUAGUUCCGUGCAGCGACAGGUCCGUGGGGACCUACACCAAGAUCCGCCCUCCAGGGUCCCAUAAGGACUACACUGGACGAAUCGAGGGAAUAAGUGCUAACCCUGAUGUACUUGAAAGGAUUCAAGCUGAAGUUAGCAACAGAAUUGAUGAGGAGGCGGCUAAAGUUGCUCCCAAAAGGAAUCGAAGUCAAGUGAAACGCUUUGGCAAAGUUGCGUCCGAAACUGCUGUGCAAGUUGCAUCAGGCCACAGACGCAGCGUCCCCGCUUCGCUGGCCCGAGAAAAUACUGAAGUUUCAAAACUUGCUAAGGUGGGAAAAGCCAAUCGGAAAGCUGCCCAGUCAGCUUUGAGCAAAUUGGUGCACGGAAGCUUGAACUGCAACAACCCAACAGAGCAGAAGGGAAGCAACAAAAAAUCUAAUAUUAUGAAUUUGGGGCUCGAUGGGACUGGACCUAAGAAACGUGGAAAUCCUGAGCCAGAUUUUAAUCCUAACGAGCUUAUGAUGGAUGCAGCAAGUGAGGAUGCGGAGGAUGAUGAUGACUGCAAUGACAAUGAUGACGAGAGUGAGGUUGAUUCACUGCUGGCUAUCACCAAGGAGAAGCCACAGGUGUCAAGACCUCAUCAGAUGUCUCCUCAAAUCCCGCCUCUCUUUGACAAGUCCACGAAGCCUUCUCGAGAGUCCAGGGUCAAUUCUUCUCCUCAAGGGUACCAGAAUUCGUCUCAAGUAAGAUCUUCCCCUCUAGUGCCUCAGUCAUCGUCACUCCAUUUACCAUCUCCUGCCAAGGUGUCAAGCCCUCAUCCUAAGUCUCCUCAAAUGCUGCUUUCUCUUGAUAAGUCCAAACAGGCUUCUCCAAGGAAGCCCAAGUCCAAUUCUCCUCAAGCCAAAUCUCCUGUAGUGUCUCAGUCUCCUCUUCAAGCUUCUUUUGAGAGGCCUAAUUCUCAAGGAAUUCCUGAAGGAGAGGACUUGACUGAUGACAAAAAUAAAGCCGGAUUUUUCCAGUUCAUGAGACUUAAGAAAAUGUACACCCCAUCUGUCCUUGCUUUCUUAAAUGAAUUAAUUGACACCUUUGACCAGGAGCAGGAAAAUGCAAACAGUGAUGGUGAAGCAGAAUAUGUAGAAACAGUCGCACCUCCAGCUAAUGAAAGACAGGUUGAAAUCAGCAAGACAUCUGGAGUAUCUAUCUCAGCCAGUGCAAGACAGGUUAUUCUUUUGACUGGCUCCAAGUUGGGGCCAAGCAAAAUGCUUACAGCAUUGGUCCAUGAAUUAUUCAAGGACAGACUGAAGUUGUUGCAUGGUACAGCAAUGAUUCGUCCCCAUGUCCUCAAGGCAAUUAUUUCUUUUAUGGAGAAAAAUUCAGAGAAGUCUACAGCUCUAGGUACAAAAGACAUCAAAAGAAUUAUUAACAACCUCGCAUGUGAAGCCAGGAGAGCGCCUCAUCGUGCUCGGAAGGGAAACCCCUCUCCCAAUGCUGUAAAGAAAGACUCACCCAAAGAAGACUCAAUAAGCACACCGAAGAAGAGUGAGUCUUCUCGUGAGUCUUUAGCAGUCAAAACAACGCCAUCUAAAAACACGUGGAGUGUUAAUCAGGUGCAACAAUACUCCUAUGGAAACCAUGAUCAGGGAUUUCAGCACCAGCAGCCAAUUCACCACCAGGCCACACAACAGCAGACAAUCAACCAACAGUCCGCACAGCAGCCAAUUCAGUACCAGCACUCAAUGGACUACCAGGCUGCACAGCACCACCCAAUGCAGCUCCAGCAGUCGUUCCACCACCAGUCUGCACAGCAGCAGCCCAUUCAGCAGCAAUUCCAGACCAGCUACACAGAUUAUUCAGAGAACUACCCGCAGUUGUACCCAGACUACCAUACCGUCCAGUUUCCUCCAAAGUCUCCAAAGCGGAUGCUAGAUCUGUAGUUUAUUUCUUUUUAUUAGUUUUUCUAUUUUCUUUUUAGUUCUUCUAUUUUGUAUUCUAUAGCAGUUUCCCUGCUG